AUGUCACCAGCUCCAGUCCCUCCUAUAGCUCGACAUAUUUUCAGAAUGUGGGAGAUCUUUCUUGUUUUCCUUGUGGUUACAGAUGCUUUGAAAAUUCUUCAAAUAGUUCCCGGCUUUACAAACAGUCAUGUAUUGUUUAACUACCGGAUAGCCGAAACACUCAAAUUCCUUGGACAUGAUGUAGAAUUGUGGACACAGAUGGAAAUGGCUAUGCUCAACACGGGAAACAAUCGUUUACCAACCGGUGUAAAAGAGCACAGAAUUUCCAUACAUUUCAAGGAUAAGCUUAAAACAGAAGGUCUCCAAGUAUUCCAGUCGUUGAUGUUCUCUGCCGGUGAUGCAUACGACCUAUGGUGGACUGGACAAGAAUUUAAAGACAUGCGAGUAGAGGCUUGCGCCCAGAUGUUGGAACAGGAUCCAAAAGUAUUUGAAAAAUUUCGGGAGAUGAACUUUGACCUGGCUAUUGCUCAUUUUCACGACCUUUGUCCUUUGGCGAUUGCGGAGAAAAUUGGUAUUCAUAAGGUGGUAUGGAUAACUCAUGGCACAUCUAUCUAUGAUUUUGCUGCUGUACAACUUGGCCUGCGAACACUGCCGGCUUCUGUACCUCAUCCAUUGUCUUCUGCCGGCUUUUCUCUGUCGUUUAUCGAUCGUGUGCUUAAUUUGCUCUGGCAUCUUUCUCUUCUCGACUUCGUCAAUUUACCUCAGAAUCUUCUACACGACGAAAACGUGUACUAUCGAAAUCUUGUCGGUCCCGGUAAACCAGAUCUUUGGGACCUUUCACGUAAUGUCACGGCUUUAUUGAUCAAUGGUGAGCGUAUGCUGGACUUUCCACGACCACUUCUUAGUCAUAUCACUUUUUCUGGUGAACUUGGCCUGAAGAAAGGUGAAAUUUUUCGGCCUAAAAAAUUUAGAAAGAGCUAUCAUUUUACCGAUGUUUCAGCAGUUGAAAAUGUCGAAUUUGAUGAACAACUGCAGGCCAUUCUUUCUAGGCCAUCGAAAGGUCUGAUUGUCUUUUCAUUAGGUACCGUUUCUAAUACAACUAAUAUGCCACAGCAAAUGAUUGAUUCAUUUGUGAAAGCGUUUAACAGGUUGAGUGAUUACACAGUUCUCUGGCGUAUGGAGGGGGAGGUAAAGGAAGUGGAAUUAUCAGCGCAUGUUUUCCUAUUAAAAUGGCUCCCACAAAAAGAUAUUAUGAAACUACCAAGCAUGAAACUGUUGGUGGCACACGGAGGAUACAAUUCAUUCCUUGAAGCAGCACAGGCUGGCGUACCUGUGGUGUUGAUGCCGUUGUUUGCCGAUCAGAAGAUUAACGCAAUGAGGGCACAACGAUUUGGUAUUGCUAGAGUACUGAACAAGUUACGUCUAACACCUGAAAAUGUCUACGAAGCAAUUAGCGAUAUAUUAGGCGACGAUAGUUACGCAAUUCGUGCACGAAAGCUCUCAUCGAUGCUGAAUGACAAGCCGUCUCAACAGCCAUACUCAACGCUUAAGUAUAUCCUGAAAUUGGCCACCAGCGACGCCAAGUACUUCAGUUUAAGAGCUGCUCAACAGCUUUCAUUUCUUCAAUUUUAUAACCUGGACAUCGCUACUUUUCUAGUAGCCAUUGUGGCUUUUUUAUCUGUGAAAAUCCAAUAA